UGAGUAACUUCUACAGAACUGUAAGGAGUCUGUAUGAAUAUGGAUACUAUACCAUAUGGAUUACUGACAUUGCAGAAACAACCAGUUCCUCUAAAGGAUAUCUCCGUAUCUGUGCAUGUGAAAGGUAUCCUUGCCGAUGUUACUGCUACACUUCUAUACAAAAAUGAGUUACAAGACCCACUGGAAGCUGUAUUUGUCUUCCCAAUGGAUGAUGAGGCAGCCGUGUACAACUUCGAAGCACUAAUUGAUGGGAAAACUAUAACCGCAGAAAUUAAAGAGAAAGACAUUGCCCGUCAAGUCUAUGAUGAUGCCAUCAGCAGUGGUCAGCAGGCAUUUCUGCUAGAAGAAGAUGUGAUGAGUGAUGUCUUUUCUUGCACUGUGGGCAACUUGCCCCCUGAGAAGGAAGCAGCUGUGUCCAUCUCAUAUGUAAUUCAGCUCUCACUAGAAGCAGACCAAGCACUACGAUUUGUAUUACCAGCUGUUCUUAACCCACGUUAUACUCCAGCAGAUUGCCCAAGCAAAAGUGUUAUUGGAAACAUACCUAGAGACAAUGCAGAUGACUUAACCUAUAUGCUACACCUGAGUCUCAAAGUGGAAGGGGCACAGGAAAUCCAGUCUAUAAAAUCUAACUGUGAGCUAACAGACAUUGUCUACAAUGCCAACAUGAAGACCUCAGCACAGAUAAGCUUGAAGGAAGGUCAUAAGUUUGACAGAGAUGUUGAAAUUCUGAUAUAUUACCGGGAUCCGUGUUUACCUUAUGCAUUGGUAGAAAAAGGAAAACCAGAGGCUGCAGAGGGAACCAUAAUGUCAGAACCGAUGGUGAUGCUGAAUAUGUAUCCAGAAAUGGGAAGCGGAGAAGAAAAUACACAUCAAGACUUUAUUUUUGUUGUUGAUCGAUCUGGGAGUAUGCAGAGUAAUGUUUCACGGGCUUCCCAACAAUCCCGCAUUGCAACUGCAAAAGAUACACUGGUCUUACUGCUAAAAAGCUUAAGAGUGGGAUGUUUGUUCAAUAUUUAUGGAUUUGGAAAUUCAUUUACAUCAUUUUUUAAGUCUAGUGUAGAAUAUAAUCAGGAGUCCAUGGAUUCAGCUUUGGAGAAACUAAAAAAUUUUGAGGCAGACCUUGGAGGUACAGAGAUCCUUAAACCACUAAAAGAUAUCUUUUCAAAAUCUGUGAAGACGGGUUACCAUCGCCAGGUCUUCCUUCUAACAGAUGGUGAAGUAAAUAACACUGCAAAUGUUAUUGAAGAAGUAAAGAAUCAUGCCACUACACAUCGGUUUUUCACACUUGGGAUUGGUGAAGGGGCCUCAACAUCCCUGAUAAAGGGAAUGGCAAAAGCUUCUCAUGGAAAAUAUGAGUUCAUCACAGGCAAGGACAGAAUGCAGAAAAAGGUUUUAAAAUGUUUAAAACUGGCCUACCAGCCAAGUGCUACUAAUAUUUCCUUGGAGUGGAAGGUUCCCAGUGCAGUGGAACCAUUAGUUGUUCCCCGGGUUCCAGAGGUUGUGUUCCAUCAGCAGAGGACAGUCAUCUAUGCCCAGCUUAAGGAACUGGAGAACAGUGAUACGGAAGAAACACAGGCUGUACUGAAAUAUUCCUGUGGGGAAAAGAAGUACCAAUGUGUUCUAGACUUCACUCUCACCGCUGAGGACAGUGAUAGCCAGUCCAUUCAUUACAUGGCAGCAAAGGCUAUAAUAAAGGAUGGAGAAGGUACUUCAGAGGGAGUUGUUCCUAAAGAUGACAUUGAUCGAAUAACCAAAAUCAGCAUUGAAUCUAAUGUCAUUUCACCAUACACAGCCUACACAGCAGUGCACAAAGACAGCAAGGAGCCUGUUCGGGGGCCUAUGGUACAACAAAUCAUCCCAUUGUAUAAUUCUACCCUAUUUUGCGUAAAAAAAGUGGAAGAAACAAAACAAAUACCAGUAAGAGGAAAAUCAUCAUCCAAAAAAAAAAAAGGUGGUUGUUUUCCAAUCAAGUUGCCAAAACUUGGAAGCUUUAGAGUAAGCAAGAAAGCUGAGAGCAAGAAAGUGAAAGAAGACCACCAAGAUGAUACAAAGGAACUGGAAGAUGAAGGUCUCACAGGUAAGUAGACAUGUCUUGAUAGU